AUGCCUCAUUGUUCUCCAAAGUUUACCCAGCCCUUCUCUCUCAACCCCAGGAACUGGUGCGCCUACAUCGUGACUAAGAACGUGAGCUGCACAGUGCAGGAAGGAAGCGAGAGUUUUAUUCAGGCUCAGUACAACUGUCCCUGGAACCAGAUGCCCUGUCCGUCUGCUCUGGUGUAUCGGGUGAACUUAAGGCCCAGAUUCGUCACUAGGUACAAGACAGUGACACAGUUGGAAUGGAGAUGCUGCCCUGGCUUUAGAGGAGCAGACUGCCAAGAAAGUCCCAAAGACCCCCUGAAGAUCCCCCGGCCCCCACCACCUCGACCAAGAAACAACCUGAAGAAAGCCACAGAUACUGAUCCAAGCCACGUCUCACAGCCUAAGGAAACUCUGUCGCCAACAAAUACAGCAGAACCGGACCAGGCAGCAGAUCCAAAGCAAGGUCCUCCAGAACUUAAGGAAACCAAAGCCCAGGUGCUGGAGGAGAAGGUUGUGCGGCUCACCAGGAUGGUGCUGGACCUCCAGUCCUCCGUGGCAGGGCUGAAGGAGAACCUCAGACACACCGUCCAAGAUGAUGGCAGCAAAGGGCCAGCCCCGUGGCUCGGUCACCUGCACCCACAGCCAACCCCUGACAGCGCCUUUGCCGGAGACGCAGAGCCGAGCCAGCUUCCAGGCCUCCUCAGUAGCAGGGACUCUGGCAUGAAGGACAUCAAGUCUGAGCUGGCUGAAGUCAAAGACACACUGAAGACCAAGAGCGAUAAGCUGGAGGAACUAGACGGCAAGGUAAAGGGCUACGAAGGGCAGCUCAAGCAGCUGCAGGAGGCGGCCCAGGGCCCCACAGUCACCAUGACAACCAAUGAGCUGUACCAAGCCUACGUGGACAGCAAGAUAGAUGCCCUGAGGGAAGAGCUCAUGGAAGGCAUGGACCGGAAGCUGGCCGACCUGAAGAACACGUGCGAGUACAAGCUGGUGGGCCUGCAGCAGCAGUGUGAUGAUUACGGCAGCAGCUACCUGGGGGUGGUAGACCUGAUUGCGGAGAAGGAGGUGAGCCUGAAAAAAGACAUUGCCGACCUUCGAGCCCGGCUGCCGGAUCCCUCAGCCCAACCGAGGUGCUGUGACAGUCAGAAGAAUGGUGACCUUGGCCAACAGAUCAAGACAUUAGAUCAGAAAAUCGAGAGAGUCGCCGAGGCCACCAGGAUGCUGAACGGGCGGCUGGACAAUGAGUUUGACCGCCUCUCCGGUCCAGAAUCAGAUGUGGACUUCGAUGCAAGAUGGACCGAGCUGGACGCGAGGAUCAACGUGACGGAGAAGAACGCAGAAGAGCAUUGCUUUUACAUCGAGGAGACCCUUCGGGGGGCCAUCAGUGGUGAGGUAGGCGACUUGCGGCAGCUUCUCAAUCAGAAGAUUCACUCCCUGGAGGACCGUCUGGGGAUCGUUCUGCAGGUGGCCAACGGCUCAGAUGUGGAGUUGACGCCAGCGGACACUGCCUUGCCAGGGCAGCCAGGGGCAGGGAAUGAGCAGAUCCUCAUGGAGCUGAGUCGCCUGAAGGACAAAGUUCAAGUGGUUGAGGACAUCUGUCAGCAGAGCUUGCCUCAUGGGAUAGAUGGCACUUUGCCGAGCGGAGAGGACCUCACACACGUCAGCCUGAGCCUUUUGGAAUCCCUCAACCAUACGAUGUACAGGAAGUUCCAAGAAACAAGUCGCAGCAUUCAAAAACUUCGAGAGGACUUCAGCUCCCUCCACUCUCAGCUGAAUCACUCGGACUGUAAGGGGACUUGUUCGCAGAGCAGCUUGAGUGACGGCAGAGCCAGUGACAGUGCCGAAGCAAGCGGGUUUACCAAGACUGGGGAGCAAGAGAGGACAGUGGGGACCGUCCCAACUCCCGGUGCCCCGUGCUGCGGCCAGCUGGAGGAGCGCUGGCAGAGGCUGCAGAGCCGAGUGCUGGCUGAGCUGGACGGCUGCAAGGAGAGUGCUCACGGGGCUCAGAGCGGGGUGUCUGCGGUGGAGGGCAGAGUGUCUCAGCUGGAGCAGACAUGCAGCCGGCUGGAUGCCAUCUCCGGGGGUCUGCAGAGGAUCAAGGAGGGGCUGGGCAAGCACGUGAGCAGUCUGUGGAACUGCAUCCGGCAGAUGAACGGGACGCUCAGGUCACACUCCAGAGACAUCUCUGGCCUCAAGAACUCCGUGCAGCAAUUCUACAGCCACGUUUUCCAGAUAUCGACAGACUUGCAAGAUCUGGUGAAGUUCCAGCCAUCAGCAACAGAGGAACCCUCAGAAUCACCCCAGCCAUCAUCUGAGAAGACCCCACUAGAACCCAUCGGACCUUCAGAGGACGCCCCCACUGAGCCACCCCACCUGACCCCGCUGCCAGAGGACCCUGCCAGACCGCCACAGACAGGCCAGAGGCCAAUACUGCCCCAGAAGCCCCUGCAACCACCACCUUUGCCUGCCUGGCCUGGCCGCCCAGGGCUGCCCUUCCUGCCUGGCUCUAGUGGGGUCAGCAUGGAGACGGGAGAAGCUGGGCCUCCAGGCAGGAUGGGCGUGUCCGGAAGGGGCCUGCCCCAGGGAGUGGAUGGACAGAUGGGGCAGGGGCCCAUCCCUAGCUCAGAAGGCUAUGCGGGUGCACCAGGCUACCCCAAGUCACCUCCUGUAGCCACCCCAGGGGUGCCACUGCCUGCCCUGGUGUCCUUUUCAGCCGGCCUUACCCAGAAGCCUUUCCCCAGUGACGGAGGCGUGGUCCUCUUUAAUAAGGUGCUGGUCAACGAUGGAGGUGUAUACAACCCGGCCACUGGGAUCUUCACGGCACCAUACGAUGGGCGCUACUUGAUCACGGCCACCCUCACCCCCGAGAGAGAUGCCUACGUGGAGGCAGUGCUGUCUGUUGCCAACGCCAGUGUUGCCCAGCUGCAUACGGCUGGAUACAGGAGAGAGUUCCUGGAAUACCACCGUCCCCCCGGGGCUGUGCACACCUGCGGGGGCCCAGGCGCCUUCCACCUCAUCGUGCACUUGAAGGCAGGGGAUGGGGUCAAUGUUGUGGUGACUGGGGGCAGGCUGGCUCACACAGACUUUGACGAAAUGUACUCCACCUUCAGCGGUGUUUUCCUGUAUCCUUUCCUUUCCCACCUCUAGGGAAGGCAAGGGAGGAAGGUUGUAAAAACUCCGAAGUUUUAAUCUAUUCAGUGUGUGUCACUGAACACUGGUCUAGUCUGCUGCACAUGCCCCACCUGCCCCCAGGAUAAAGGUCUUCCCUCACUGUAGAGACUGCCACCCCUCACGAGUUUCCAGACAGCCUUGGAAGUGACACAUGGUUAAGGAGGCCCCCAUUUUUCUGGAACUCUACCUGGGCAACCAGAAGACUUGGCAAGUCCCUUUGGCUGAAAGCUGGCUUCUUCUGGGCUGGGCCUAUGCGGUGCUACCUGUGGAGGCUGAAGCGGCUCCCCGGCUGGGCAGCUGGACAACCUGCAGCUGGCCUUCACUGGAGGACACUGGAGCGGGUGCCUCUCUCUACGCGGCACGUAGGAGGGUUUGAACACUGAAGUGCUGAAGGGGCCUGGGCCCAGAGUGGAAUCUGGGCUAUCCCACACUCGGCUUGUUACCGCCUGGGACUCGUCUCUCAUCACCUGGGCCCUGCUGCAAAGGGGGAUGCAACAGACAUUAUUUAUGAAGCUUGUUGGGCUCCUAAAAUGACAUGUACGAUAUAGGUGCAAAGACAGGGAGCGCCAAUCAAGACUGUCAGUAUCACCUUCUGUAUCUCAGGC